UUUCUAGAACCCGUAGCCUCCGGAGGAGGCCCUGGCGGGGAGGGUUACUGAGCGAUUGCGGGAUCUCGGUUUUUCCGAUUUACUGUUUAAUAGGCUCCAUGGCUUAAGACUCUUGAAAGAAGUAAAUAGCUUUCCGACUUGAAAAGCCUCAGUUCCACGUUCGUGGAAGGCCUCCGUCUAAGUACAGAGAGUGGAGGGGAGUCUGUAAAGUCAACGACUGUUUCUUGUGCCGCGGACGAUACCGUAAAAGAUAACAGAUUCGUUCCCAGCCUCCGAGAACUUGCCGUCUAGUAAAGGAGAGAAACAGCAGUAAGAAAAUCACAAAAUUGUAAUUGCGGAUGGCCACUCUUCUUCUAAAGAGGCUAACGUUGCAUACCGUAAAGACUGGAAAUAAUUGCAUUAGAUGUCCUGGUACAUACACCCUGCGCCAGACCGCACCAGCACGGCCGUCCCUCCGAGCUUCUGGCCCGAGACUGUCCUGCCCGAUUCACGCAAAAGCUUUCGGUACUGUUGCAGACACCCAGGAUGAGAGGAAGAAGAAAAAGAAGAAUGAACCAGCUCUUAGCAACAUCGGAAGAAAAAUUCACGAGCGGGUUAUUCACGUGCUGGAUGAGGCGGGCAACGACUUGGGCAACAUGCACCGGGCAGACGUGAUCAGGCUCAUGAACGAGCGGGACCUGAGGCUCGUGACAAGGGACAGCGGCGCGGAGCCCCCGCAGUACCAGCUCCUGACGGGGGCACAGAUCCACGAGGAGCGCCUGCGACUCCGGGAGCUGGGAAAGGCCCACCCGAAACCCGGCCCUACCCUGACAAAGGAGCUAACUUUUUCUUCAAAUAUUGGACGACAUGAUUUGGACACAAAGAGUAAACAGAUUCAGCAAUGGAUUGAGAAAAAAUACAGAGUUCAAAUUACUAUAAAGAAAGGAAAGAACGUAGAGCCAGAAAAUAAAAUGGAGGAGAUAUGUAAUCAAAUACUCCAAACUAUGCCCGGAAUAGCUACCUUCUCAACCCGCCCACAACCUGUUAGGGGAGGGAAAGCUGUAAUGUGUGUUCUUCGUCAUUUAAGCAAAAAGGAAGAGAACGCAUAUAGAGAAACUCAAGGAGCCCAGAAAGAGGACCCUUUGAACAAAGAAAAUGGAAACAACAGAGAAUCAGAUGUUGUGCAUCCGUGAUUUUAAUAAAGAAAAAUGUGCUUCUGGGAGGAAAGAACUGA